AUGUCUAGCGCAGAGAAGACCGUUCGAACCUGGCUGAUCACCGGGGCCAAUCGCGGCAUCGGACUCGAAUUCGUGCGCCAGCUGCUCUCCGACCAAUCCAACGUCGUCCUCGCGACCUGUCGCAACCCUGACGCAGCGACGGAUCUCAAAGCACUUGGCAAAGCAGCACAAGGCCAGCUACACGUAUUCGCGCUCGACACCGCUGAUUCGACGUCCAUAUCGUCUGCGCCGGAACAUGCUCGCGCGGCAUUGGGCGAGCGAGGGCUUGACUACCUACUGUGCAACGCCGCUGUCAACCUCGGUAGCGACGAUUCCGUUAUGGAGAUGUCUGCGGAGGACAUGACCCGCUCGUUUGCCGUGAACGUCGUCGGGCCGGCGCUUCUCGCACAGGCCUUCGAGCCGCUGCUUGAGCGGCCCGGCGCUCGCGGAGUGAUCAUGAAUAUGUCCAGUGGGCUCGGCAGUAUCGGACUUGAUUGUGGACCGAAGUGCCCUUCGUACAGCAUCACGAAAGCGGCGUUGAACAUGCUUGCGUAUAAGCAAGCCAAGGAGAAGCCAUCUCUCAUCUCUUUCGUGAUAGAUCCCGGUUGGGUGAAGACUGAGAUGGGCGGCGAAGGCGCUGUACUGGAACCCGAGGAGAGCGUUGGAGGACUACUGAAGGUGCUGAAGAGUGCGGACAAGAGUACCUCUGGCAAGUUCUUGCGGUACACUGGCGAAGAGUUGCCCUGGUGA